UUUUCAUUCAUCAUCUUUAAAGUGAACUCUUGGCUGCUUCUUUCUUCUCUUUGCUCCUCACACGCACAUGCCAAUGUUUUCUGACCUAUGACCUGGGCUUUACUCGUCAUUGUGAGGUGGGAAAUCCGACGCCCCCUGAAGGCAGCAUGCAGCAGCAGCAGCACAAACGACCUCAUCAGAGAGUCGGUCCGCAUCUCUCUCCUCCGGUGGGUGGGCGCAGUUCUCCUCUCCUCUCCUCUCACUCUUCUGUUUCUGCUCCGGACACAGACGGAGACUCGGAGACACAAUGUCCCGUUGCCCUUUAUUUGUAUUGUGAGUUUUAAAAGGAGCAGGACCCGCGAGAUGCUGCUGUGGACGCUGCUGCUGCUCUGCGCCAUCCCGAGUUCAGUUCUGGGGGAUCUGCUGGAGGAAUCUCUGGACGCCGACUCGGACUUGGCAGACUUUGACUUGGACAUUGCACCGCGCAGGGUCCCUCGACAGGUGAAGACUUUAUUAACCAAGGAGACCAAACCCCACAUCCAGGAGCUCUCCAUCAAGACCACCAUCAUCUCGCGCUAUGCCUUCACCGCGGUGCACUGCGCCAUGCUCAACCGGCACUCCGCCGCCGCCGAGGGCGUCUUCCAGUUCCAGAUCCCCGCCGGCGCCUACGUCUCCAACUUCACCAUGAUCAUCGGAGGGCGUGUGUACCAGAGCGAGGUCAGGCCCAAGGAGAAGAGGGUCAAGCAGGACAACGGCAAACCCAAACACAAGGAGUCAGGUGACGCAAGCCCCGAGCCGGAGGUGGAGGUGUUCAGGAUGGCCGCCAACAUCCCGGGGAGGAACCGGGCGGUCUUCCUGCUCACCUACGAGCAGCUGCUGCAGCGCCGCCUGGGACGCUACGAGCACAAGACCAGCCUGCGGCCCCUGCAGCUGGUGAGCCGCCUCAGCCUGGACGUCACCAUCGUCGACCACUCGCCCAUCCGGGACCUGGAGGUGCUGCCGCUCCGCAGCGGCAGGAGCAACGGCAACGGCGCCGCCAACGCGCCCAAGACGCCAGCCAAGCCCGAGCAUCCCGUCACCACGGCGAUCAAGAGCGAGCAGAACGUCUGCCGGAUCACGUUCAGCCCCAACAUCGUGCAGCAGGCCAAGAUCACCACCAACGGCGUCCUGGGAGACUUCGUGAUCCGCUACGACGUCCAGAGGGACAUGGGCAUCGGAGACAUUCAGGUUUUAAACGGACAUUUCGUCCACUACUUCGCUCCCAAGGACCUGCCCGUCGUUCCCAAGAACGUGGUGUUUGUGAUCGACACCAGCGCCUCCAUGCUGGGGACAAAGAUCAGACAGACUAAAGACGCGCUGUUCACCAUCCUGAGGGACCUGCGUCCCGGCGAUCACUUCAACUUCGUCAGCUUCUCCAACAAGAUCAAGGUGUGGCAGCCCAACCGUCUCGUCCCGGUCACGCCGCUCAACGUCAGAGACGCCAAGAAGUUCAUAUUCACGCUGAUGCCCACGGGAGGCACGAACAUCGAUGGGGCCAUCCAGACGGGCUCCUCCCUGCUCCGCGACUACCUGUCGGGCCCCGACGCCGGGCCGAACAGCGUGUCGCUCAUUAUUUUCCUGACGGACGGGCGGCCGACCGUCGGGGAGAUCCGGUCCACGGCGAUCCUCGGCAGCACCCGCUCCGCCGUGCAGGAGAAGUUCUGCGUCUUCACCAUCGGCAUCGGGAACGACGUGGAUUACCGGCUGCUGGAGCGCAUGGCCCUGGAAAACUGCGGCAUGAUGCGGCGCAUCCACGAGGAGGCCGACGCCAGCGCGAUGCUCAAAGGGUUCUACGACGAGAUUGGCACUCCUCUGCUCUCCGACAUAAGGAUCAACUACACCGAGGACUCCGUGCGCUACGUCACUCAGCACCUCUUCACCAACUACUUCAACGGCUCCGAGAUCGUCAUCGCCGGGAAGCUCACCAACCAGAGUGCGGAGUCCCUCCACGUCCAGGUUACCGCCAGCAACAACGACAAGAGCAUCAUCCUGGAGACGGACGUGCCACUGCGGCGCCGCCAGCUGGAGACCGAGAAGCACGUGAAAGCAGCGACGGCGGCGAUGGCGACCGGCGCUAGGGCCCCGGGGUUCGCGGGCACCCAGGGUUUAGGGGUCGCUCUGGGUUCGAUAGCGGAGGACUUUGUGGAACGCGUCUGGGGUUUCCUGAGUGUCAAGGAUGGGCUGAGGUCACGGCUGCGCAGCCAAACCAGCAGAGACAGAGAGGAGCACACCCAUCAGGCCACCAACCUCUCGCUGACCUACCACUUCCUCACUCCCCUCACCAACCUGGUGGUGGAGAAGCCCGAGGUCCUGGCCGACGGCACCAUGGCCCCGGCGCCCACCAUCCCCCCAGCAUCUGGUGAGGCUGUAUCAACUGGCAAUGAGCUGCCAGACGACCCGGAGGACGGAAAGCCACAGACGCCGUCCGAACCGAAGCCAGGGGGCCAGACUUCUUCAUCUCUGGGCAACACAAUUGGUAAAGUUGGAAGGAGACCGGCCAAGAAAUCCAUCACCGUCUCCAAAACAUCAGCGGACGGCGACCCUCACUUCGUGGUCGAGUUCCCCCUCAGUAAACUGACGGUGUGCUUCAACAUCAACGGUGAGCCCGGACACGUCCUUCGCCUGGUCUCCGACCACAAGCACUCCGGUGUGACAGUGAACGGGAAGCUAAUAGGCGCCCCGGCUCCGCCAGGCAGCCACAAGCAGCAGCGCACCUACUUCAGCACCAUCACCAUCGUAGUGGACCGUCCCAGGCGCGCCUACAUCGAGGUGACCCCGAAGAAAGUCAUCCUGGACGGUCGGGACCGCAUGGUGCUGCCCUGCCACUCCACCGUCGAGGUGGACAGCGGCGCGCUGUCCGUGUCCAUCGUGGGGAAGGCCAACGUGACCGUGACGGUCGGCAGCAACGUCAGCUUCGUGAUCCUGCUGCAUCAGUACAAGAACCCAGCGCCUUACCAGAGGGACCACCUGGGGUUCUACAUCGGCAACAGCAAGGGGCUGUCCCACGACUGCCAUGGUCUGCUGGGUCAGUUCCUGCACGAGGAAGUGGGCGUGGCAGAGCUUCCGGCGCAGGGAGACGCGAAACCCUCGUCGGUGCUGAAGGUGAAGGACCGCUCGGUGCCGGUGGUUCAGAAGAGCCGGCGGAUCUACGGCGGGACGCAGAGCGUGGACUGCUGGUUCGCCAGGAACAACGCCGCCAAGCUCAUAGACGGACAGUACGAGGACUACGUGGCGCCGCACAUGUUCGACACGGGGGACUGGCCACACGGGACGAACACGGCGUGAGAUGACGCGAAUAUCUAUAAUUUCACAAAAAAUCCUUUUUCAAUAAUUGUCACAUCACCAUAGCUCCAAAUGGUUCCAGACUUCAGUUCUCUUCACCCACAGUCUUCUGUCUUGAAUAUAUUUUUGUACUAUUUCUAAUAGAAAUGUAAUGUUUUUUUACUAUACUAUGUGUUAUUUUGAAGAAUAAUUUUGUACGUGUAAAUAAAAAACAUUUAAACCCA